AUGGGUCAUCUGGAGGAUCAAGGUCGUUCUGUUGCCUCGCCUUAUAACGUCCUAGACGUUAUUCGGAUCUCGUAUCCUAUGUUUCGUGGUGUGGUUCAGCAGGACUCACAGGAAUUUAUGCGAGCGUUUUUGGGUGAUCUUCAUGACGAAACAAAAGUCAAGCCCUUUGACGACUCGAAGUUUCCAGUAGAGUUUACAACUGUAACUCCAAAUAGUGGUGUGACUGAUGGUGGCGAAAAUCUUUGCAAGAGGCCAGCGAAAAAUAAACGGCCAAAAAAGCGAAAAACGAGGGUUCCGAGGGAGGAUUCUCCCCGGGAAAAUAGUUUUCUUUCCUCCAGUCCUGUGAUGGAUGUCUUCCAAGGUAGUACAGUGACUUGCAUUAAAUGUCUCUCAUGUGAGAAGGUUUUCCAUCGCAAUGAGGUUUUUUUGGACCUAUCGCUUCCAAUAGCGACCCAUCAGUCAAGACCAAAGGCAACCGGAAAAGUCGAAUCACAGCUAUUAAGCUCUUCUUCACUUUCCCUUCCCCCAUUGCCCCGGAGAUUACCACCUCCCAUCAACCCCAGUGCCGUCUCAUCUUCCUCCGUCUUGCCAAGUAGCAAUCAUCUUGUACGAAAUUCUGAUUCUGUGGGGUUUUUCUACUGGGCUUCUUUCUACCUUCUUCUGGCCCUAGCCUGGCUCAAGAGCAUCCCACCGAUUCCUCUAGUCGUCUCCUACGUGGUCCUCGUUACAUCCUGGGUCAAAAGGUCCGCUUUAAGUUGGGGUUAUCCCACGUCCGGAGUCGGUAACAAGUGUGUACCCUCGUUUUGUGUAAAACUCCAAUUGCAUAUGCUGCUCCAACCAACAGUUAUAUCAUUCUCAUUGCAUUUAACUGGAGUCGGUUCUGGAAAUUUUACUAUUGUUACUUUUUUUCAUCCUUGUAGUCUGAUUUGGAACCCGCAGAUUGAGUUGGAGGACUGCUUGGACGCAUUUUUUGAUGUUGAUGAACUCUCCGGUGAAAAUCAGUACUUCUGUGAAAACUGUUCGAGACAUACGAAUGGGCGGAUGCAUGUUGAGUUGACGAAACUGCCCGAAGUCCUCUGUCUUCACCUGAAACGAUUUCGUCAUGACUUUAUAAACACAUCAAAAAUAUAUGCUCCUGUCAACUUUCCUGUGCAACAUCUCGAUUUGAGAAAGUAUCGCCAUUCCACCUGCCGGGAUAAGGUGUGUGAAUACGACUUGGUCGGAGUGGUGUGUCACUCAGGGACGGUGCGAUUUGGACACUACUAUACUUACGCUCUCAACUCCGGUGAUGGGGAGUGGUACGAGUUCAACGAUUCCUCCGUUCAGCAUGUUGAUUCUGGCACGGUGGCUGCACUCACAUCUACAGCCUAUGUUCUCGUCUAUCGGAAGCGUCAAGACUUCAUUCUUCCUAUUCGGCAAAGUUUCACGAUUUCAGAGUCCCCACAAAUGGUCUACAUAAGCAUGCACUGGCUUCUCCGAUUUUCCGAAUUCGCCGAUCCUGGGCCAAUUACAAACUUCGAUUUUCUCUGUAAUCACGGUGCUCUUCAACCACUUCUUUCUACAACGUGGGAUAAACACGUUGUUCCGAUUUCUCUAGAUAUGUGGAAUUUUCUCUCUUCUCAAUUUGGUGGUGGGCCUUUUGUCGCCACUCUCCAUCCCUGCGGUGUUUGUGAGGAAAAGCUGGAGGUGCUCAACGCUCGUCGUCGGGCGGAACGAACAGCCUUCCAGGAAGCUAAGAAGGAAUCCGAAUUCCUGUUUAUUAUUAGUCUUGAUUGGUUCAGAGCUUGGGCUGAUUUUGUCUGCAGUCGAGAAAUUGAACCACCGGGGCCAAUUUCCAACUCGGUUAUCUUGGAGGUACCAGGAACACUACCCGGCGCUUAUCGAAUCCGCUUUGGUAUUGCUUCCACCAAAUAUGAGUGGCUAACCCAACCUCAGUGGGCUUUCCUCCUUUCCGUAUAUGGUGGAGGCCCUGAAUACUCAAUUAGGAACCCCUCAUUUUCGGAAAAACGCCUAUUUAAAGCAGAGGAGGGUGAAGCGGCUAAUAUGGAAGGUAAUGAAGAUGAACAAGGGGCGAAAGGGGAUGUACUGAGGUGCGACACUGACUUAGAGGAAAUUGACAAGUCAUCGUCUUCCACGUCUGUCUAUCCGACGAACGACGAAACCUUCUCGUCUGUCGGAGAUAUGUCUUCUCUUCCUCCAUCUCUUUUAGUGGAAAACUCCCCGAUUACCGGGACUACCUCACCACUAAGUGUCCCAAUCUCGGCGUCUUCUCCAUUUAGAGCUGAUGUCCAACCACAUUCAGCCUGUUCCAAAGUCGAGAGUCCCUUUUCAGGGGAUGAGGGUUCUCAAUCUGUCAACGAUUUUCCCCUCUUAAACGGUAGUCGAGCCAAUGUUCACUCAUCAUCACCUCUCCAACUCAGUGCCCUUGGAGACUCCGUUGAAGUUACUCUGCUUAACCGAGACAGGAAGGUGGACUGUGAUGAUGCUUUGCGAGAGUCCAGUAAGGCUCUACCAAAUGGAAGUGUGAACGGAGAGAUAGGGGAGGAUGGGAAGGGUGCGGAGGCAGAUAAGGUGUGCCAAGCGAAUCUUGUGACAUAA